AUGAAGCUUCUCCUGCAGCUGCCAUCGUUUUACGCGGAUUCCGUGGGACUGCUUGUUGCUAGCCUAGACUGCACAGCAACACCCCGCUCUCACGUCUUGUUAGCCUGUGUCGCUACACUACAGCAGACAUUAUUUACGUGCAAUGUUAAAGACCAACUCAACACAGGAUCACAAAACGUCUCCAUCAGAGGUGUGAAGCUUCUCCCAAGCCUGGACCACGAUGCGCGAACUCUACAUAUGAUGCAACUCUUCGUACGCACCUACCUUCGACCCGAAACGCGCCUUGGAGACGCGCGUUAUGAGGAUGUAAGCUGUUCACGGUUUGUGCAUAAUUAA